AUGACGCGCCUUCUUCGUGCAGCAAUCCUCGAGUGCGACACUCCCAUUCAGCCCGUCAAAGACCGUUACGGGACGUACGGUGACCUUUUUGAGAAUCUUCUCAAAGCAGGUCUGAAAGCGCAGGGACUUGACUCGCAAGUGGACUUGCAAAUCACCAAAUGGGAUGUGGUGAACGGUUCUGUCUAUCCCGAACCCGAUGACUGUGAUGCGAUACUCUUGACCGGAAGCAAAUAUGAUGCCUUUGCAGAUGAGCCGUGGAUCAUCGAAUUAACAAGCUAUGUUCGAGAGGUAUACGAGAAACACAAGAAGCCCAUCAUUGGGAUAUGCUUCGGUCAUCAGAUAAUUGCGCGUGCGCUAGGAGCCCGCGUGGGCCGCAGCGACAGAGGAUGGGAGAUUGCUGUUGAGCCGAUUAUACUGACUGAUACUGGGAGGCUGCUAUUCUCAAAGAAUGUUCUGUCACUGCACCAGAUGCAUCGUGAUAUCGCAUACGAGGUACCAGAUGGUUGUGUUAACUUAGGGUCGAGCGCCAUCUGCGAGAUACAAGGUCUCUACAGUCCUGGACGGAUUUUCAGUGUCCAAGGUCAUCCGGAGUACGAUGAGUUUGUGGUCAGCAAGCUGAUUGAUACACGACAUGCCAUGGGGAUUUUGGACGACCAACUGUCCAAAGACGGUCUAUCCCGAGCUGGAAAACCGCAUGAUGGAUCGGUUGUCGGGGAGGCGAUUUGCAAGCUCCUACUUAAUGAUCCGGUGGUCAAACAUGUAUAG